AUGUCUUUAAGGUUUAUAAUCAUAAGCUCGUUCCUGCUCUUCGUCAUCGCAAGCACCCUCUUUACUGCAUCUCGCUACAAAGGUGAAAAAAGAGCUGGAUUCGUUGGUGCUUCAGAUGAAGAGGUACGCCCGAAGAACGUAUAUGCCGUUGCUGCUGCUGCAGCAGCAAGAGAAAAGACAUUGAGAGGUCGAAAAAUGGUGGUGGAUAAAACAAUCAUGGUCGACAUGAAAGCGAAAAUGAAUGCGAUGGCGAGGGGAAAGCAGACCGGUUUUGGGAGAAUAAGGCUUUCGGAAAGCAGAAAUGUGAAUUUUGUUGCUUUCACUGAAGAUUACCAUUCACCAAGGCAUCACCCACCGAAGAAUAACUAA